AAACUAUUUUAGACAUUUUCGUCGAAUUAAUUAGUCUAAUUUUCGUUUUAGUAAGUGUAAAUAAUGAUCGGUUAGGCAACUGCUGCGAAUUGCACGAUGAAGGAAAGAACAAGGCCGGAUCGAUGGGAGGGCUUACCUUUCAUCGCGCUUUCGUUAACAAAAAUCAACUGUGACAACCGCCGACUUGAACUCUAUUCGAAUUCCAGCACGAACAAGAGUAAAAUCAAGCGGCAUAGGCACCACUUUUACUCAAAAUCAUCACAAUCAACGGACGAUCAUGAUUUUGCAACCUUACCGUUCGAUAUAUUGACAAAAAUUGCUGCCUCUUUCACGCAUCCUCAACUUCGGGCGGCUUCACUGGUGUGUAGGUCAUGGAGGGACGGGCUUCGGCCUUUGAGGGAGGCGAUGGUGUUACUGAUGUGGGGAAAGCGGUUCAAGCACGGCCGCGGCGGUGUUCGCAAAAACUUGGAUAAGGCUCUUGACUCCUUCUUAAAAGGCGCGGAACGGGGCUCGACUUUGGCUAUGGUCGAUGCCGGUCUAAUAUAUUGGGAAUUUGGCAAGAAGGAGAAGGCAAUUGGCUUUUAUAAGAAGGCGGCUGAGCAUGGCGAUCCUGCUGGCCAGUGCAAUUUGGCGAUUUCUUACCUGCAAGCACAACCUCCGAAGGUGGAGGAAGCUUUAAAGUGGUUGUAUCAAGCUGCCUUUGCAGGUCAUGUACGGGCGCAAUAUCAACUUGCUCUUUGCCUGCAUAAAGGUCGUGGGGUGGAUUGCAGUCUACAACAGGCAGCUAGAUGGUACUUAAAAGCUGCUGAAGGUGGGUAUCUGCGUGCUAUGUAUAAUGUUUCACUUUGCUACUCAGUUGGGGAAGGGUUGCCCCUGAACCAUAGACAAGCAAGAAAAUGGAUGAAGAGGGCAGCUGAUCGUGGUCACAGCAAAGCUCAAUUUGAGCAUGGACUUGGCCUAUUUUCGGAAGGGGAGAUGAUGAAAGCUGUAGUUUACCUUGAACUUGCCACACGUGCUGGUGAAACAGCAGCAGCUCAUGUAAAGAAUGUAAUUCUCCAACAACUUUCAGCAACUUCACAGAAUCAUGUCAUGUUACUUGCUGAUAAUUGGCGAGCUUUGCCUUCAUCUUGUUAAGUUAUAGAUCUUGACACUUGUUCCUCUAAAUUCCUUUAGGCUGUAUUUUCUUUGGUUGUAAUCUAUAUAUUGUGGGGUGAUAGUACAAAUGGCAUUGGUACCUUUGCUAUUUUUCCAUUCAUCCUGGUGUCUCGGAUGAUUUAUAAAUAGGGAUAUAGUAACAUUUGUCUUGAGCAGAUAUGAUAAGAAUGCUACCGAACAAAAUUUUGAUUGUCUCAAAGCGGUCUUUUUUGUAAAUAAUAUGUAUCUAUAUUAUAGGUUUUUUGGUUUGCCUACA